GGCAGCGAGGGCCGAUAAGAAGAGCGGAGGGCGCUCGGCCGGCAGGGAGCCUGGGAACUGGCCGGGCGCUGUCUGCAGGGGGGCCGGCAGGACGAUGCGGGCCUGCUCUUCCCGGGCUCCUGCCCACACCCGCUAACACGAGGUGGCCAGCGGCCGUCUCCCAUCCAGGGGACCCCAGUGCUGUCCCAAGAUGUGCCUCGGAGCGCUGUGGGUGGCCCUGCCAGUGCUCUCCCUGCUGGCCUGCUCUGGGCAGGGGAAGCCUCUGGAGACCCGGGCCCGGACGUUGGCCAGGGGAGAUGCCCGGCUGCCAGCGGCAGCGGGCGGUAAGCAGGAGGGAGGCACGUUCGACCUGAGGAUGUUCCUGGAGAACAUGAAGGUGGAUUUCCUACGCAGCCUCAACCUGAGCGGGGUCCCGGCCCAGGACAAAACCCAAGCGGAGCCGCCGCAGUACAUGAUCGACCUGUACAACAGAUACACCACCGACAAGUCGUCCACCCCCGCGUCCAACAUCGUGCGCAGCUUCAGCGUGGAAGAUGCUGUCUCUGUAGCUGCCACAGAGGACUUCCCCUUCCAGAAACACAUCUUGCUUUUCAACAUCUCCAUCCCCAGGCAUGAGCAGAUCACCAGGACAGAACUCCGGCUCUACAGCUCCUGCCAAAGCCAUGAGCACCCGUCUCAUGAGCUGAAGGGAAACAUUGCCAUUUAUGAUGUCCUGGGUGGAGCGGACACAGGGGACGCUUCUGCGGGAGCCAAGGCCUUCCUGCUGUCCCAGGACAUCCGGGACGAGGGCUGGGUGACCUUCGAGAUCUCCAGGGCUGUCAAGCGGUGGGUCAGGGCCGACUCCACCAAGAGCAAAAACAAACUGGAAGUGGCCGUGCGGAGCCACAGGAAAGGCUGCCACAAGCUGGAUAUCAGCGUCCCCCCCGGCUCCAGGAACCUGCCCUUCUUCGUUGUCUUCUCCAAUGACCGCAGCAAUGGGACCAAGGAGACCCGGCUGGAGCUCAGGGAGAUGAUCAGCCACGAGCAGGAGAGUGUGCUGAAGAAGUUGUCCACCCACAGCCCAGAGGCGGGGGGGAGCAAGGGCGAGGGGGACGUGGGAAGCCACGUGGCCACGGGGUCAUCCUUAGCCAGACGGAAGAGGAGCGCUGGGGCCAACAGCCACUGUCAGAAGACCUCCCUGCGAGUGAACUUCGAGGACAUCGGCUGGGACAGCUGGAUCAUCGCGCCCAAGGAGUACGAUGCCUACGAGUGUAAGGGGGGCUGCUUCUUCCCACUGGCCGAUGACGUGACCCCUACCAAGCACGCCAUUGUGCAGACCCUGGUUCACCUCAAGUUCCCCAUGAAGGUGGGCAAGGCCUGCUGUGUGCCCACCAAACUGAGCCCCAUCUCCAUCCUCUACAAGGAUGACAUGGGGGUCCCCACCCUCAAGUACCACUAUGAAGGGAUGAGCGUGGCAGAGUGUGGGUGCAGGUAGUGCCGCCUGCGGGCGGGGAGGCCAGGUUGGAGGGGCGUAAGGAGCGGUCCUGCGACAGGGACGAGGUCCAUUUGCAUGCCAGCCUGGAGAAGGAAAGGGAGCUGUCACACCCUCCAGGUAGAGCCUGCUCUCCCUCUCAGGCCCCCCCACGCACACCGCUGGGUUUCACGCAGGCGAGGCGAUGGCAGGGAGGUAAGGGCCUGGAGAGAACAGGGCCGCCCGAAAGGGUUGUUGGGGUGGAAAGGGAGAUGACGAAAGGGGAACAAGAAAAAAAGAUAAUCCAGAGUCAGCAGAACACUGAGCAAGGUGAGCCACAGGAGUCUAGACAGGUAGGUGAUGUGUAGAGAUUUAGAGAAAUUAGAGGCGUGGAAGGGACUGGGGCUUAUUUCCAUAACUUCAGGGUGUGUGAGGGAAAGAAAUGGACCAUGUACUUACACUAGUCAUUUCACAUCCCCACAACCCAGUGAGACAGGCGUUGUGACCCCUAAUUUAUAUACGCAGAACCCCAAACUCAGACAGGUCAAGUGGCACCCAUCAGUCAUCUGACUCCACCUCAUAGGUUUGCAUAGGGCGAUCUAUCACCCGUGCCUAGGACCCUCCCAGGUGCCCCAUCACGGUGUGGCAGGUCACCUUGUAGCUACAGGUCAGUUAGAUGCUGGGAGGUGGGGAGCGCGGGGCACUGGGCUCAGACUGGCCAGUAUUCGCCAGUGGGACUGGUUUGCCGUUACAUCCAGGGCAUGUUCUGGCUGCUCGGUGCCGGUGCUGGCGCAGUGGCCAGUGCUUUUUAACAUCACCCCAGAGUCACUGGGAAGGUGCGCCUAAACCAACUGCGGGGAGAGAGCGGGGCAGGGGCACUCAGCCACAGUGUGCACAGUGCUGUAUGGCCAACAGUUCUCACGGGCCACUUGCUGCCCGUGCAUUCAGGCCGUGUGGUGGUUCGGGAGGGGCAGACACAGUCGCCCUAAUGGCCGGGGCCUGUGGCGUGCAUCUCAGCUCCUCGCUCAGCAUAACCAGCUCCCCACACAGGCUGUGCUGCAUCUGGCCUCCGGAGCAGUGAUCUAGGCCGUGGUCUGGGCGUGGCCCGCGCCAGCCCUCACUGACCCAGGAGGACACGGUUUCUGUUUCCUCUGUAUUUCCUCCUCCUCUGACUCGAGACACGCAUGGAAUGGGAGGGGGUGAGGAAGAGUCUGGAAGUGGCGAGGAUUCCCUCCAUCGCCCUUCUGACCACUGGCCAGGACCAAGCCCAGCAGAGGCCUAGAAAGGCCUGGGCCAUGCCCACUGGCGGAAGCUCCCAGUAUGUUACAAACACAAGGUUUGUGCCGAAUGUUUACAUGGAGCCAAUGAACAGCUCUAACAUAAAAUUGCAAUGAAACAUCGUUGUUUGAUUACUAGAGUUUUGGAAAACAUGAAUUCCUGGUACGAAAAUGUGCUCAGCCAUAAAGAUGGGUGGUGGGUGUCUUCCUGUCCCGAUGGCGUGUUUCCACGCCUGCAUCAAAGUUUUACUUGGAAAUAAAG